GAGAGAGAGAGAGGUCUUCGCACGUGGACGCUUCAUACUCUUCGUUUUGUUCAUCUGUCUCCAUGUGUUAUCGGCCAGUACACUAUCUUCUCUGCUUUAGAUGUUUUAGUGUGUGACUGUUGUCUCCAGUGAACCUGGUCCGAUCUGUGCUCCGUCUGCACUCGGAUACAAAGCGCCAUUCAGGCGCAUCUCCCUCACAGUACCUCCUCACGGAUCAUCUGAACAAAAGUCAACAACAUGGAUCUGUCAUUUAUGGCUGCGCAGAUCCCUGUUAUGACAGGAGCUUUUAUGGAUUCAUCACCCAAUGAUGACUACAGCACUGAGCAUUCCCUCUUCAACUCAUCGGCCAGUGUCAAUGCAGCUCCCAUUAUCUUAGUUCAUACUCAGCACGACGUGGACCAACGUGUGUCCACUGAUGCUAUCUGGCUGUGGAUCGCCAUCAUUGCCACCAUUGGGAAUAUUGUGGUGAUCGGAGUGGUUUAUGCAUUCACAUUCUGAGAUGUCCGGUUAAAGACACUUUAGUGGAAUUGUACUGUAGACACUGAGGAGUUGGUUAUAAUAACGAUUGGUUCAUGAAAACUUUCUUUUAUACAACGGUACCAUGAAGGCUAUACUUCAAUAAAAGUGUGUUAGUUUAUUCUAAAGAUGUUUAAAUGGAUUUACUAGCUUCAGGUGAUGAGUCUACUUCUGUACCCCUGAAAACCUCUGAAGCAAUUAAGGGGAGUGUUCCUUCCUCAAUUACUGGGAUAACAGGAGUGCAUAUUUUUAAACAUUAAAUGAAAGUAAAGGAGGCUCACAGACACACACACACACACAAAGAAAAUGGUUUGUGCAUUAUAGCAACAACUGUCUAAGUGUUAUGAUUAAAUAUGAAUGUGUUCUAUAUAAAAAUGUUUGUAGUUACACAUUCACUUCUGUAACAUACAUCUGUAGACAGAUGCUAGAUAUUUAAAUAUUUUUACAUCAGGUAUGUUUAUUUCUAGGCAUCUGUCUAAAAUACAAAACUCCUUAUUAGAGAAUACUAUUUCUAUGUGCAGUGAAAUAUGCUAUGCAAUCGAGUUGUUGCUAUAGUGAUUAAUCCUGUUUAAUUAGAGCCAUGAACUGUCUCUUCUCCAGCAAUGGAAAAGAGAACUCCAGAUGAUGGUGCCCUAGAUGGUGACACUUAUUUUUCAUGCAUUUGUUUUCCUUCUUCUGUAUGUGAAAAACUAUCCAAGGAAAAAAAGCCAUAAACAACAUUAUGUUAAUUAUAGUGGUACUUUAAAACUGGGUUGCCAUGGAGAAAGUCAGAUGGGGUACAUAGCCAGGGCACUAAAAAGCCUCUGCAGAGCUUUGGCUCUCUAAUGGGCUCCCAUAGGGAAACUAUUAUAAGAGAAUAGUCAGACAUGUAAUCAAGCCCAAGAAGAAGCAAUGUAUUUAAAUGCAGUUUCCAACAAAUAGUAAUUAUGAUUUGAAAAUGAAAGUGGUUUAUUGGAAUUUAUUUUUGGCCUGC